UCAUUACUCUUUGAACAACAACAUUAAUGAUUUUAAAUAAGUUUAUAAAUACCGUCGUUUAAAAACAUUAGUACAAACGUGCUGUUUCGUUCGACUAGUGACUACUAAACACCUUUUUUUUUCCAAAAUUCCCGUUUAAAAUGGCCGGAUUUGACGCUCGCAUGUACUCAAACAACAAUGACAUACAGAAAUUCGACGCCAACGACAUUUUAAACUCGUGUUUGUCGUUCACGGAGUGGUCGCCCAGUGAAACCAUCAUGGACGUGGGUACCGGCGAUGGUACCGUCCUUUUCGACGUCCUCCUUCCAAAACUCCCACCGGAUUUUAAAAAAUUGGUCGCCUUGGAUAUCAAUCCAGACAUGCUACUCCUCGCCGAAAGCAAAUCUCGACAAAAUGAAAAAAUCGAGUUCGUUUGUUUGGACAUCGCAACAAAAAAUCUUCCCCCUCGGUUCCACAGCGAUUUCGACCACAUUUUUUCUUUUUAUUGUUUACACUGGGUGGCGGAGCAGAGAAGAGCUUUCGAAAAUAUGUAUUCUAUGCUGAAGCCUGGAGGAAGUUUGUUGGUGACGCUUGUCGUUGAUGAUGUCCUCAGCGACGUUUAUGAUAAACUAGCGGAAAAUGAAAAAUUUUCUAGUGUGAUUUCUGGUUUCAAGCACAACAUUUUUCCUUACAGGAAUUGUGAAAAUUCUGUCGAGACGGUUACACAAUUGUUAAACACUGUCGGUUUUGUCGGGGUUAAAUGUGAAGAGAGGAAGCGAGUUUUCGUGCAUAAAAGUUUUGCGCAGUUUGAAAAGUGGGCUCUGGGUGUUAAUCCUUUUAUGAAAACUAUCCCCCAAGAAGAUCUUGAGUUGUAUAAAGAGGAAUUUCUCGCUGAGUUGAAGAACGUGGUAAAGGCUACGAAUAGAAUGGAAGUGGGGGAAGAAAUUUUCGACUUUUAUCCAGUUCUCAUUGUUUUUGCUUCCAAGCCCCUUCCAAAUCAACAAAUAAAAUAAUUGUACGGGAUGCUUUUUCACGUAUAAAAUAAUAAAAUGAAAUUAGAAUAUU